AAAACAUCUGACCAUUAGUGAAACCUCAAUCAACCAAAAAUAUUAUUUAUCCAACAGAUAUACCAAUUUUUCAGCUUUUUUAUUUUUAUAUAUUUUUUGCUGCAGCACUGAAAUGUUGGCAGUUUUGUACCAAAUUUUUUGGAUGCUGCAAACAUCAGUCUGGACUGCAAACGGGAAAUGUAACCAGAUACAAACCCUAAGUUCUUCGACUCAUGAGGAACUGGAAAAAUUAUGUCACUGUGCGGAUGAUUUUGUUUCUGCCAAUAUCACUUCAGACCGGGUUCUGUUUGAGUUCAAGACCAAGUGUCCUUUCGUGCAUUGCCCUGAGGCUCUCGGCCCUGGUGAAGAGAAGAAGUUUGUUCAUGGUGUACUUAAGAAGGCGACCUUCAUCGGAGAUCCGAUUGACAACUACCAAAUUCUACCUGAAUGGGGACCCUGGAUGCCCUGGAGCCACGGAUGUCUCACAGAUGAUGGGGUCCAACUGUACAAGAAACGCACCCGCAAGUGUGUGCACAAUGUGGCUCGCUGCGUUCCCAAAGACAUGCCGUGCAACGGCAUCUCUGAAUUGCGAAAGGAAUGUGACUUUCCUCCAGCCAUCGAAGUUCACACUCAGACCCCCUCCAGCAUAACAGUGGGAGUGAGAAACGGAUACGGCAUCCCCCAUCACAAUCUCUACUUCGAAGGAGUGCAGGUAGCCGAAAACUUGACUCAACAGUGGUUCACCAUGACUGGAUUGACGCCUGGGACUUCCUACAACGUAUCCGCUUCGUCUUAUGCAUACGGGAUGCGCAGUGGGCUGGGAUGGAAAGUAGCAUGCACAACUUUCCUGGAACCAGAUGGCGUGACUCUAUCUCAUCAAUCCAACUCAACUGUGCACAUAAAGUGGAACUACACAGUGGGUGGUUUGUUCGAGGUGUUCUUCAAUGGAUCACUCUCUUUCGUCAUUACGCUCGAGGGAGAGGACUUCGAGACAACAACCGGUCUACUAGAGAAUGGCGUGCUGUACAGUGUGGAAGUGAGGGCCGUGCAGACUUGUGGAGAUUAUUUGGUUAAUGGCACACUCUCACUCCCAGUCGACAUUGUGGCUGACCUGGACGAGUGUGAGGAGUUGGUGGACGAAAGUGGGAUGGGGGUGUGUGGCACUCACUCCUUCUGCAACAACACCAUCGGCUCCUUCAACUGCACCUGUGAACCGGGCUUCUUCUCAGAUCACGGCGAUGGCUCCAACUGCAAAGAUUUGGACGAAUGUGCGGUAUUUGGUGAUUUGGCUCUGUGUGGAGCGAACUCGACAUGUAUCAACACUGAGGGGGGCUAUGACUGUCAGUGUCACGUGGGGUUCUACUCGCCACUCGAAACACACACAGACUGCACUGACGUGGACGAGUGUGCUUCGGGUAUGUAUGGUGAAAUAGGAAUAUGUGGGAAUUACUCAGACUGUUCCAACACCAUCGGAAGCUACUUCUGUUCAUGUCAUAUCGGAUUCUACUCGCCCGACUCAACACACCACGACUGCGCAGAUGACAACGAGUGUCUGGAUGACAAUGAAAACCCAACUGGUUUAUGUGGCAACUUCUCCGACUGCUCCAACACAUUUGGCUCCUAUUUCUGUUCCUGCUGGACCGGGUUCAAGUCUCCCUCUGGAGACAACCACGACUGUGAAGAUUUGGAUGAAUGUGUGGAGGUGACCCCUUACGUCUGCAGAAACAACUCCCACUGCUUCAACCUGAUUGGCUCCUACUCCUGCGACUGUCACCAAGGAUUCAAAUCACUCGACGGCACUCAUCAUGACUGCACAGACAUUGAUGAAUGCGUUGAGGUGGAUCAAGCUUGCGGGUUGGCCAAUUCAACUUGUACUAAUCUGGUUGGCAGCCACCUGUGCCAGUGUUUCGAUGGAUUCUUCUCCGCCAACAGCCAACAUAACGACUGUGCAGAUAUCGACGAGUGUGCUUCAAAUGUCUGUGGGAACUCAUCCAAUUGUGUGAAUGUUAUUGGUUCCUACAACUGUAGCUGCCAUUCUGGAUAUGAAUCACCUUCACUCACACACGAAGACUGUAUAGACAUCGAUGAGUGUUCGCUUGACGCCUCAAUUUGUGGAGGUAAUUCGAGUUGCAACAACAUUGAUGGAUCUUACGAGUGCUCCUGUGACACCGGCUAUGAGUCAGUGGACGGAUCAAACACAAACUGCACCAAUAUUGACGAAUGUGGGUUGAGUGGGUCCCCCAUUUGUGGCAGUAAUUCCGACUGCACUGACAAUGUGGGCAGCUACACCUGCUCAUGUCACCCGGGAUACUCUUCAGCCAACGCUUUCCACGACGACUGUCUAGACAUUGACGAAUGUGCUAACGAUGCCACGAUCUGUGGAUUGAACUCUCUCUGUAGCAACAUACCAGCCUCUUUCAACUGUUCAUGCCUAUCCGGGUACAAAACACUCGACAACACACACACCGACUGCACAAACGUCAACGAGUGUACUGAACUGGACACAGUUUGUGGACUCAAUUCACAGUGCACAGACAAUGUAGGAUCCUACACUUGUGCUUGUGAUGGAGGAUACUACUCGCCAAACACCAAUCACGACGACUGUAUUGACAUAAAUGAAUGUGACGCCAACAUUUGUGGAUCGUACUCGGACUGUGCCAAUCUGGAGGCUUCUUACAGUUGCAAUUGCCAAAAUGGGUUUGAGUCUUCGUCGGGGUCCCAUGAAGAUUGUAUUGAUAUCAACGAAUGUGCGAACGGCCCAAAUCUGUGUGGCUUUAACUCAAACUGUAACAAUGCUGUUGGAUCCUUCAACUGCGAAUGUGAUCCAGGAUACGAAAGUCUUGAUGGUAGCAACAAAAAUUGUUCAAACAUAAAUGAAUGCAGUUUACCCAACCCAAUAUGUGGCUCGACCUCUGAUUGCAGUGACAACAUUGGAAGUUAUUCGUGUGCGUGUCAUAACGGAUAUGAAACUCUAAAUGGAAACUCUGAUGACUGUACAGACAUUGACGAAUGUACGCAGAGUCCAAGCAUCUGCGGAACUAAUUCUAUCUGUGCAAAUGUGCCGGCUACUUACACUUGCUCUUGUGAAACUGGAUACGAGUCUGCCGAUAACACGAAUUGUCUAGAUACUGACGAGUGUACGGUGAAUGCAAACAUAUGCGGAACUGAUUCAACGUGCACAAACUCAGUCGGCUCAUACUCUUGUUUUUGUGCAUCUGGCUACUUUUCGGCAAAUACUAUGCACAAUGAUUGUCAGGACAUAAAUGAGUGUGAUAGUAACUUUUGUGGAUCAUACUCGGACUGUGUGAACUUGGUGGGUUCUUAUAGUUGCAAUUGCCAGACUGGAUUUGAAUCCCCGUCAGGAUCUCAUGAAGAUUGUGUUGAUAUCGACGAAUGUACCAACAGCCCAAGCCUAUGCGGCUUAAACGCAAAUUGCAACAAUAUUGAAGGUUCUUACGCGUGUGAAUGUGAAACAGGAUACGAGAGUUUGGAUGGAAGCAACACAGAUUGUACAAGUAAGACAAUUCUGAAUAUAUCCGCGGCUUUGUGCAGACUUUUGGGUGCACUAUUGAAAAAAAAACCAUUUUUCUUAGAUAUUAACGAAUGUGGCUUGCCUGGUCAAAUUUGUGGCCUUAAUUCGGACUGCACUGACAAUGUUGGAAGCUAUUCGUGUGCUUGUCAUGGCGGCUAUGAAACAUUGAGCGGCAUUUCAGAUGACUGCACAGACAUUGACGAAUGUUUGCAAAGCCCAGCCGUUUGCGGAACAAAUUCAGUUUGUUCAAACUUACCGGCCACAUACAGUUGCUCUUGUGAAACUGGUUACGAAUCUGCCGAUAACACCAACUGCAUCGAUAUUGACGAAUGCACUGCCACUCCCAAUAUCUGUGGAAGCCAAUCGACAUGUUCAAAUUCAGUUGGCACAUAUGCAUGCUCGUGUGCUUCUGGCUACUUUUCGGCAAAUACUAUGCACAAUGAUUGUCAGGACAUAAAUGAGUGUGAUAGUAACUUUUGUGGAUCAUACUCGGACUGUGUAAACUUGGUGGGUUCUUAUAGUUGCAAUUGCCAGACUGGAUUUGAAUCCCCGUCAGGAUCUCAUGAAGAUUGUGUUGAUAUCAACGAAUGUACCAACAGCCCAAGCCUAUGCGGCUCAAACGCAAAUUGCAACAAUAUUGAAGGUUCUUACGCGUGUGAAUGUGAAACAGGAUACGAGAGUUUGGAUGGAAGCAACACAGAUUGUACAAAUAUUGAUGAAUGUGGCUUGCCUGGUCAAAUUUGUGGCCUUAAUUCGGACUGCACUGACAAUGUUGGAAGCUAUUCGUGUGCUUGUCAUGGCGGCUAUGAAACAUUGAGCGGCAUUUCAGAUGACUGCACAGACAUUGACGAAUGUUUGCAAAGCCCAGCCGUUUGCGGAACAAAUUCAGUUUGUUCAAACUUACCGGCCACAUACAGUUGCUCUUGUGAAACUGGUUACGAAUCUGCCGAUAACACCAACUGCAUCGAUAUUGACGAAUGCACUGCCACUCCCAAUAUCUGUGGAAGCCAAUCGACAUGUUCAAAUUCAGUUGGCACAUAUGCAUGCUCGUGUGCUUCUGGCUACUUUUCGGCAAAUACUAUGCACAAUGAUUGUCAGGACAUAAAUGAGUGUGAUAGUAACUUUUGUGGAUCAUACUCGGACUGUGUAAACUUGGUGGGUUCUUAUAGUUGCAAUUGCCAGACUGGAUUUGAAUCCCCGUCAGGAUCUCAUGAAGAUUGUGUUGAUAUCAACGAAUGUACCAACAGCCCAAGCCUAUGCGGCUCAAACGCAAAUUGCAACAAUAUUGAAGGUUCUUACGCGUGUGAAUGUGAAACAGGAUACGAGAGUUUGGAUGGAAGCAACACAGAUUGUACAAAUAUUGAUGAAUGUGGCUUGCCUGGUCAAAUUUGUGGCCUUAAUUCGGACUGCACUGACAAUGUUGGAAGCUAUUCGUGUGCUUGUCAUGGCGGCUAUGAAACAUUGAGCGGCAUUUCAGAUGACUGCACAGAUAUCAACGAGUGUGAUUCUGUUCUGGCUGUGUGUGGUGACUGGUCUACAUGCACGGACACCCAGGGGAGUUUCCAGUGCCAGUGUGACGACGGAUUCUUCUCCGGCAAUGGACAGCAUGACGACUGCGCAGACAUAGACGAGUGCAGCCCAUCUCAAUGCGGUCAAAACACCAGCUGUACCAACACAGAUGGGUCUUUCGUCUGUGACUGUCUCCCUGGUUACCAAGGCGACCUAAUCACGGACCCGAUUGCAGAUUGCGUACCAGCAUAGACCAUCUAUACCAGAAUCAAUACAGUCAACGAAGAGAUAAAACGCGUUGGUUUUUUUGCCAAAAGAAUCUUUGUACCCUUACGCCCAAAAGCUGAUCCACAUCACAGAAUAUCCGAUUAAAAUUUUAUGUUUUCCAGACUAUGACGACUGAAACGCUCUGAAGAAGGUGUCUAAAAGCGCUGAUGCGUGAUCCAUUAACUAAAUUUUAUAAAAACAGCUAUGCACUUCAUUACCCCUCCUGAGCUGUGAAAUCAUUCUUCAUCUGUGAAAUCAUUCCUAGUCUGCUGGAGUGUAAAGUGAAGUUAUGGAUUUUUGAAGCAUUUUUGAUUGUCUUGCAGAUUUUUGAAGCACGUUACGCAAAAUUGUCCUUGACGUACUGAUUUUGU